GAUUUGGAGGUGCUGAAAGGGAUUAUUCUUCAUGGUUCGAGGCUGUUGUCCAAUUACGAAAGUACAGAUAUUGUUAAUGGAUUUUCCAGUGUGAUAUCAGAAUUCAACUGUAUGAUAUUUGAUAAUUUCCCUUGUUUUUAGAUUAAAGAACAACCAUGAACGGGAAUGCACAGAGAAAGAAGAUAGGAGUGGCCCUGUUUGGCGUAGGGCGUGCCGGAGCCAUCCACAUCAAGUACCUUGCCAUCUGUCCUCGCGUCGAGCUGAGGUGGAUCGUGGAGGAGGACGUCGAGAAGGUCAAGCCGUACUUGGACCAGCUCUAUCUCUACGAUACUCCGGUCAUCUCCAACAAAGAAGCUGAUAAGGUGUGGAAUGACGAGAAGACUGAAGCGAUUGUAGUUUGUGUACCAACUUUACUUCAUGAAUCUAUCAUUCUGAAAGGGCUUGAUAAGGGGAAGGCCAUAUUUGUGGAGAAACCAAUCGCUGUGAAGUUAACCGACACAAGGGAAUGCUACCUCAAGGCUGCUAGGGUGGGCAAGCCUCUCUUCUGUGCUUUUAACAGGCGGUUUGAUCCAUCUAUCCGUAAGCUGAGACAGAGGGUGCAGAAUGGGGAGAUAGGUCAGGUCAGGUGUAUAAAGACGACGGCCAGGGAUGCCCCUUUUCCUCCUAUAGAAUACCUUAAAAUAUCAGGUGGAUUCUACCAUGACUGCGCUGUUCACGACAUCGACCUUGUUCUCUGGAUCCUUGGUGAGAAGCCAACCAGCAUCUUUGCUCAGGGCCACGCCUUCAACCACCAAAUCAAAGCCAUGAACGAUGUCGACCAGGCUGCCAUCGUCCUCAAGUUUCCGAGUGGCAUAAUCGCAACUAUCGACCUCAACCGUGACGCUGUGUAUGGUUACGACCAACGAAUAGAGGUUUUAGGGUCCAAAGGUAUGUUGCAAUCACAGAACAGAAUAGAGGCACCUCUCACAAAGCACAAUGAACAGGGAGAACUUCUAGAUCUGAUCUUCCCAUCGUUCCCUGAGCGCUACAACCAGUCGUACUGCGAUGAGAUGGGUCACUUCCUUGACGCUGUAGAAGGAAAGAUUGAGAAGUUGGAUGUGUCGAUGGAAGACACGUUGAGUAUAUCGUGGAUUGCUGAGCUAUGCGAGCAGUCUAUGCAUCAGGGCAAGAUGAUCCCUUUCACCCAGCCCACCUUCUAAAGUUCUACCACCGUGUGUGUAGGAAGAUCCGCUAAAUUGUCUACCAAUGAUGGAUGAAUGCUCGCAAGAUGAUCCCUGUAACCAAGCCAGCGUUCUAAAGGUCUACCACUGUUUGGGUAGGAAGAUCCGAUAAAUGCUCCACCAAUGAUGAAUGAUUUCAAGAUGAUCCCUUUCACCAAGCCAGCGUUCUAAAGAUCUACCUCCAUGUGGGUAGGAAGAUCCGCUAAAUUGUCUACCAAUGAUGGAUGAAUGCUCGCAAGAUGAUCCCUGUAACCAAGCCAGCGUUCUAAAGGUCUACCACUGUUUGGGUAGGAAGAUCCGAUAAAUGCUCCACCAAUAAUGAAUGAUUUCAAGAUGAUCCCUUUCACCCAGCCCACCUUCUAAAGUUCUACCACCGUGUGUGUAGGAAGAUCCGCUAAAUUGUCUACCAAUGAUGGAUGAAUGCUCGCAAGAUGAUCCCUGUAACCAAGCCAGCGUUCUAAAGGUCUACCACUGUUUGGGUAGGAAGAUCCGAUAAAUGCUCCACCAAUAAUGAAUGAUUUCAAGAUGAUCCCUUUCACCCAGCCCACCUUCUAAAGUUCUACCACCGUGUGUGUAGGAAGAUCCGCUAAAUUGUCUACCAAUGAUGGAUGAAUGCUCGCAAGAUGAUCCCUGUAACCAAGCCAGCGUUCUAAAGGUCUACCACUGUUUGGGUAGGAAGAUCCGAUAAAUGCUCCACCAAUGAUGAAUGAUUUCAAGAUGAUCCUUUUCACCAAGCCUACGUUUUAAAGAUCUACCUCCAUGUGGGUAUGAAGAUCCGAUAAAUGCUCCACCAAUAAUGAAUGAUUUCAAGAUGAUCCCUUUCACCCAGCCCACCUUCUAAAGUUCUACCACCGUGUGUGUAGGAAGAUCCGCUAAAUUGUCUACCAAUGAUGGAUGAAUGCUCGCAAGAUGAUCCCUGUAACCAAGCCAGCGUUCUAAAGGUCUACCACUGUUUGGGUAGGAAGAUCCGAUAAAUGCUCCACCAAUAAUGAAUGAUUUCAAGAUGAUCCCUUUCACCCAGCCCACCUUCUAAAGUUCUACCACCGUGUGUGUAGGAAGAUCCGCUAAAUUGUCUACCAAUGAUGGAUGAAUGCUCGCAAGAUGAUCCCUGUAACCAAGCCAGCGUUCUAAAGGUCUACCACUGUUUGGGUAGGAAGAUCCGAUAAAUGCUCCACCAAUGAUGAAUGAUUUCAAGAUGAUCCUUUUCACCAAGCCUACGUUUUAAAGAUCUACCUCCAUGUGGGUAUGAAGAUCCGAUAAAUGCUCCACCAAUAAUGAAUGAUUUCAAGAUGAUCCCUUUCACUAAGCCUAUAUACGUUCUAAAGAUCUUCUACAUGUAUAUAGGUACUGUGUGUGUAGGAAAGUCCAAUAAAUUCGUUGUUUUGAAGUUGACAAACUUUGCCAUCAGUUACUUAGGUAACUUGCCAUCGAAUAAUCGACAAUCAUAGGAACCAUACUCAAAAGAGACAAUCAGACUUAAGGACUCUGAAUUAUUCUAAUGGGGAGAUUUUGCAACUGCAGCAAGGACAGAUUCAAGAACACAGUAAAUGUAUUGAAAAUGCCCGUCAAAUGACAAGGAUCAGCUGGGAGGUCUUUGUCGGAAAUUGCGGUGUACUGGAACAGCAGUUUCGUCCCAAGUUUCAGGGAUGAUGAAAAAAAUGCAAAUAUGGCGUUUGUCCAAAGUCCAGGACGAAACUGCUGUUUUGAUUCACGAAUUUUCGACAAAGACUACUUGGUUAUGCUUUGUAAUGAAGGGCAUUUGACAAUAUAGUAGCUAUGUUUUGAUUUGAACCCAUCAUGCAACAUGGAAGUAAAAACUCCCUAUAUACUUUAACUUAGGCUACAGGCUGGAUUUUAACAGAUGUGCAUUAUCAUGCCUAUAUAUUAAACCCAUAAUUUGGUGAGUUUUGUGCACUCUGAUGGAAACAGAUCCAACUCAUCUCUUAGGCUAGCAUGCACCCGACAACUGGUCUACAAUCUUGUCUUGGAAAGAUCCCAUUUUGGUUGUUUACUGAAAAUAUGAAUGAAUAUAAUCUAUUGUUAUUUGAGGUUUAAAUCUUAUAUGUAAGAAUACUAGUAUCAAUUUUUUUGUUAAUAAUUGCAAGCCAUUACUUUAGACUAAAGGCCAAAUUUAUUUAAAAUCAUAGCCAAUUGUCUUGUGUCAUGUGUACAAUCCAAGUGCACAAAUUGUUUCAUUUGUUUUUUUGGAAGAUGGCAAUUUAAAUCUAGCAACAGCAUAACAAUAUAUGUUUAUUUUCUUUAAUAUGAGAAAAUUUAAUCAUGAUAUAAGUUCGAAAUGUUUUUAUGUAUAGUUUCAAAAUAUUUUUUGUGUACUUAUAAAAUAGAGUCUAGCAGUUAAAUAUAUAUAACUUCAUACAUAUAGUCAUAUCUUUUCAUAUGGGAAUUUGUGUCUUUUUUUAUAUUCAUUUAUACAUACAUGUAGAUGAUCAAAAUAUUGUGGCAAUGGAAAUGGCAGAAAGUGCAUUCCAAAAGUAUAGAUUUUCCAUUCCUCGAAGUAUAUAGCUUAAUCUAUACAGCUACAGUUGUAUGUAGCAGAUUAGGUUGGUCAUUUUUGUCUCACCUGCAUAGCAGAGUGAGACUAUAGGCGCCGCUUUUCCGACGGCGACGGCGGCGGCGUCAACACCAAAUCUUAACCUGAGGUUAAGUUUUUGAAAUGACAGCAUAACUUAAUAUGUAUAUGGACCUAGUUCAUGAAACUUGGCCAUAAGGUUAAUCAAGUAUUACUGAACAUCCUGCAUGAGUUUCACGUCACAUGACCAAGGUCAAUGGUCAUUUAGGGUCAAUGAACUUAGACCAUGUUGGGGGAAUCAACAUCAAAAUCUUAACCUAAGGUUAAGUUUUUGAAAUGUCAUCAUAACUUAGAAAAUAUAUGGACCUAGUUCAUGAAACUUAUACAUAAGGUUAAUCAAGUAUCACUGAACAUCCUGCAUGAGUUUCACGUCACAUGACCAAGGUCAAUGGUCAUUUAGGGUCAAUGAACUUUGGCCGAAUUGGGGGUAUCUGUAGAUUUACCAUCAUAACUUUAAAAGUUUAUGGAUCUGAUUCAUGAAACUUGGACAUAAUAGUAAUCAAGUAUUACUGAACAUCCUGUGCAAGUUUCAGGUCACAUGAUCAAGGUCAAAGGUCAUUUAGGGUCAAUGAACUUUGGUCAAAUUGGGGUAUUUGUUGAAUUACCGCCAUAACUUUGAAAGUGUGUUGGUCUAGUUCAUAAAACUUGGACAUAAGAGUAAUCAAGUAUCACUGAACAUCCUUUGCGCAUUUUAGGUCACAUGACCAAGGUCAAAGGUCAAUGAACUUUGGCUUAAUGGGGGUAUCUGUUGAAUUACCAUCAUAACUUGGAAAGUUGAUGGAUCUUUCUCUUGAAACUUGGACAUAAGAGUAAUCAAGUAUCACUGAACAUCCUGUACGAGUUUCAGGUCACAUGAUCAAGGUCAAAGGUCAUGUAAGGUCAAUGAACUUUGGCCACGUUGGGGGUAUUUGUUGAAUUACCAUCAUAUCUCUAUAAGUGUAUGGGUCUAGUUCAUAAAACGUAGAAAUAAGAGUAACCAAGUAUCACUGAACAUCUUGUGCGAGUUAUAGUAGUUUUCAAAAUCAGCACUGCUGCUAUAUUGAAUCGCGUGAUGCAGGUGAGACGGCCAGAGGCAUUCAUCUUGUUUUAGCUAAUGGUACUAAUUAUUUCUUAUUGUUUUGAUCUAACUCAGGGAUCCGAAGAUCCAGGUAAGAUCAUUUGACUAAAAGGCCAAAAUACAUGUAGAUAUUAGGCCCAGCCGACUGGCGGAUCCAGGGGGGGGGGGGGGCACAGCCGGCCCGUGCCUUAAUUUUUUAAUUUUGCUUGUCAAACUUUUUCUCGGAAAAAUGUGCCCCCCCCCCCUUUUGGAAAAUCUUGGAUCCGCCCCUGGCCCAGCCGCCGUUAAAUCCACCAGACCAAGGUGAUAUUUGGCACUGGCAUAAAUCUGUGGCCUCAUACUAAUCUUGAGAUUUCCCCUAUACAGAAAAGAGUAAAAAAUCUCAUGGAUUUAGGAGUGAACACAGAAUUUCACAGAAAAUGCAAUUUAUUAGGCACCAAGAAUUUGAAUUACUGAAAUUCAAAGAAAAUUAUGAAAUCUGCAUAUAUUGCAGUGCAUGUUUAAAAUUCAAAUAGAGAAAAUUCACCCUUUACUGCAAUUGUUUUAUCAUUAUCCAAGGUCAUAUAUUUCGGUGUUAGAACACCACAGAAUUUUCAUUUUUCAAUACGGAAUACUUGAGACUCUAGUCAAUUUAAGGAUAACUUGGCAUACAAAUCACCACGCAUUGCAUCUCAAAAUGGAGUACUAAUUUUUUUCUCAGACAUUUCAUGUCAUUUAUUUGUCAAUCUCAGUAAUUGGACAAUCCGUCACAGGUAUUCAGAACUGUAUAAUGUAUAAGGAUAACAAGUGGCAACUCUUUUAAGGUUUGCAUGAAUGUGGAUCUUGGCAAAUACAAAUACUUUAUUUUUUAUCUUUUGAAAUCUUUAUUGAUUUUCAUAAUUUUAUGAUAUAAAUAUUUAAUCGAAAUGACCAAAGUUAACUAUUUUUAUAUCAGGUUCAUGUAAAUUUGUUUGAUUUACUUGUGAUUGGGGUGAUUAACUAUUGUUUAUUGUUAUUUUGUUAAUGUAGCACAAAAUACUUGUAUGUGUACAAAAUGUACUGAAUGUUGUAUUAAUAUAUUAAUAAAUUCAGGGCUUUCGUUAAGUGUGAGGAAUUAUGAGAUUACCAAAGUAUUUUCAAGAAGAAUGAUAUCAUAUUGAUCUACUUUAUCAUAUUUUAACAAUUUUAAUAACAACAAAGUACUAUGUCUCAGGAUAAUUUUGAAUUGGAACAAUGUGUGUGAAGUCCAUGCAAGUACUUAUCGAGAAUAAAGUAAUUAAGAGAAUUAAA